GCGGUCACACUGUUGACAAUAAAAACAUUUAGCAAAAGUACCGUAAAAACAAAGAAAAACGCACAAAUUGCUGGUUAUUUUAAUAACCUUGAGAAUACGGAAUUAUAGUUACGUGGCUAUAGCCACUGAAGUAUAUAAUAUUAAAGGGCAAUCAGAUAUUCUAUCUGGCCGCACUCUUUUCCACUUAUCACUGCGCAGUCACAAUUGCGAAUUGCACAAAGAACGUCAAUAUUUGUAAAUCGAAUUAGCGUGCGCUGCAGAAAGAUUAUUUUCCACCGCAGAAUGGAUCACCGGGUUCUUCUGAUGCUGAUCUUUGUUCUCAGCGGCACCUUCAAUGUUCUGGUGGUGAAGUGGGCGAAUCAACAGCAAGUGAUUGGCAGCGAUGAAAAACUGCAUCACUUCCACCAUCCGGUGGUUUUCACCCUUCUCAUGUUCCUGGGCGAGUUCCUGUGCUUCUUGGUCUUCAAGCUGAUCCGCCUGAUCUCCAGCUGGCGUGGCCCGAUUGCCGAUCUGGACAGCAUCCUGACCCAGGACCGCAGCGAAUUCAGCCCCCUGAGCAUGCUCCUGCCCACCGUGCUGGAUGCGGUGGCCUCCAUUCUGCUUUUCACCGGACUUUACUUGACUUACGCCACCAGCUUUCAAAUAAUAAGGGCCGCCGCCCUGAUCUUUGUGGGCAUCUUCAGCACCAUAUUUCUGAACCACACGCUCACCAGUCGCCACUGGAUGGCCUUCGUCUCCAUCUCCUGCGGCCUGUUGGACAUCAUCACCUUGGACGUGCACCGCGUGGAAUAUGACCAAGUCACCUUGCCGUACACAGACCACAAAUCGAUCCUGACCGGAGACCUGCUCAUCAUAAUAGCCGAGAUUUUGCACGGUCUACAGUAUGUUUACGAGGAGAAACAGCUCAAAACCUCUAAUGUGACUCCAUUGCAAGCAGCGGGUUGGCAGGGAAUCUUCGGAAUGGUUAUUACCUCGCUGCUCGCCAUUUGUAUGCACUUCUUGCCAAGCGUGAAUCCCUUUAACGAGAGUUCACGUGCUGUUUUCGACGAUUGGAGCGAUCUUCUGGCGGGUCUGCGGGGUAAUCCCGAUUUGAUUAUAGCCCUGAUCGGCUUCACCGUCUCAUGUGCCCUGUAUAACUUUAUCGGCCUUUUUAUUGUGACGUUUUCGUAUAGCGCCAACCGCUUGCUUGCUGAUGGACUACGCAUAUACUUUAUCUGGAUCUUCGUGAUUGUCAUGGAAUGGGAGUACAUGAAUCUCGUCACUGUCUUGGGCUUCAUCAUCCUGCAGAUGGGCAUCCUCCUCUACCGGCAGGCCCUCUUUCUGGACCUGUAUCGAGCUGCAGUGAACCGUUGGUACAAUGCGCGUUACGUUGACUUAGGUUCGGAGAACGCAGCUGCGCCGAAUAGCCGACCAGCAGAUGUAAUUUAAAGAAACCAGGGAAAACGGAAGUGAAAGAAGUCCUGAGUGCGAUUGUGAUAAGAGAGAUGGGCUGGAAAUCAACCUUGGGCUGAUUCUUGAAAAUUACUUAUCGAUUAUAAAAGUUUAAUAUGUAAAUGCAAUUAGAAACUACACACAUAAAAUGUUACUUCAGUUCGA